AUGGUCAAGCUCAUGACGCCUGCCUUCCCGCCCCGGCGGCCCUCGAGCCUCCUGCGCUACGCCGUCGUCGUCAUCUUCGUCAUCGCCCUCUUUUACUAUUUCGAUCCCCGGUACCCGAGAGAGCCCUCGACGAGGCUGCAGUCCGAGAAGCCCGAACAGAUACCUCAGAAGGAGAACCCUGUCCCACCGCCCCCUACCCAGGUCGACGGGUCCGAGAAGCCGAUAUCCCAACCCGAGUCGACCCCCAUACUGCCGUCGGUACAAGCCCACACUGAUGCUGCUGCUGCUGCUGCUGCCACUUCCGCCUCCGCCGCCGUCGGUAAGCCCGUGCCGGGAGGCUCGAAACCCGCCGACGGGUCAUUCAAGAAGCCACACCCCAUCGACACGCUGAUCAAGGAGGCCGGCGAGACGUUUGAUGGGCUGCUCAAGAAGGAGUCCAAGACGCUGACGGAUGCCGCCAAGGCCUACCGCGAGCGCCGCGGCCGCCAUCCGCCCCCGGGCUUCGACGCCUGGUUCCAGUUCGCCCAGGACCACCGCGCCGUCAUCGUCGAGGACUUCUUCGACCAGAUCUACCACGACCUCCGGCCCUUCUGGGGCGUCGAGCCCGCACGCAUCCGCAAGGAGGCGGCCGAGUGGGAGAUGGUUAUCCAGGUCCGCAAGGGCCGUGCCUCCCGCGAGAGCGACUGGUUCUGGACCGUCCACUGGACUGACAUGAUCAAGACCAUCGAACACUUGCUGCCCGACAUGGACAUCCCCCUGAACCCCAUGGACGAGCCGCGCAUGGUCGUGCCCUUCGAGGACAUGGAGCAGUACCUAAAGAACGCCGACCUUGCCCAGGCCCAGGGCUUGCCCGACCCGACGCAGGUCUUGAGUACAUUCCAGACGCUGCCCAAGAACAAGAAGGAACUAGACCGCAACGUCAAGGUCCAGAAAAAGUACUGGGACAAAGUAACGAAACAGUUCUGGCUUAUCGCCCGCCGCGGGUGCCCCCCCGACAGUCCGGCCCGUCUGGCCAAGGCACAGACGACGUUCGACCACCCCCCGAAUAUCUCGACAAAGUACGCCGCGGCGCACAUGCGCGACGGCUUCGUCUCCAACUACACGCUCUCGACGCAGAUUUGCCACCAGCCCGACCUGCAGGGCCUCAACGGCAUCUUCAUCGAGCCCCUCAGCACCUCGGCGACGCCCGUGCUCUUCCCCAUGUUCGGCGGCUCCAAGCUGGCCGUCAACAACGAGAUCCUUCUGCCGGCGGCCAUGUACUGGACCACGGAGGAGCGCUUCAGCGGCGGCGGCGAACACGGCGGACCAUGGGGGGAGAAGCGCGACGAGGCCGGCUUCCAGCGCCACCGCUUCGUCGCCAUGAACAACGGGACCAAGGUGAAGACCGCCGAGAAGGGCGCGGCCGCGCCCGUCAACUUUGCGCUACCCGACAACAGGCUGUACGACAUCGCGGCGCGGGCUGCCGGCGCGCUGGGCGACUGGGUGAGGUCGUGGGCUGACGUUGGCUUCACGGACCUCAUGUGCGAGCCCCGCAACGAGGACGGCGGCGGCGAGUGCAACUACACGAGCCCGCACUUCAGCCUCGUCGAGAGCGUCAACAUCGCCGACAUGUACUACUCCAAGUACCUUCCCGAUAUCGACGGCAACAGCUUCUCGGGCCGGUACCUCGCCUUCCUCAGCAGCACGAGCCUGCCGAUCAAGGCGACGCUGUGGCGCGAGUGGCACGACAGCCGGCUCGUGGCGUGGAAGCACUUUGUGCCGAUGGACAGCCGGUUCGGCGACUACUACGGCAUCAUGGACUACUUUCUAGGGUACGGAGCCGAGCGGCCCGGCCACGACGCCGAGGCGGCGCGCAUCGCGAGCGACGGCAAGGCGUGGGCCGAGAGGGCGCUGCGACGCGAGGACAUGCAGAUCUACACGCUGCGGCUGCUUCUCGAGUACGCGCGCGUGACGGACGAGAGGAGGGAGAAGAUGGGCUGGGCGGACGACCUGCUGGCGGAGAAGAAGAAGUCGGCGGAGAAGACGACGUGA